AUGUCAGGCGCACGGCAUUGGGAACAAGACAAAGAGGCCACAGUGUACAUUGGAAAUCUCGAUGAACGCGCCACCGAUAGCCUAGUAUGGGAACUGAUGCUACAGGCCGGGCGCAUUGUCAACGUGCACCUGCCCAAAGAUCGAGUUACGCAAUUGCACCAGGGGUAUGGAUUUGUCGAAUUCAUCAGUGAGGAAGAUGCUGAAUACGCAUCCAAAAUCAUGAAUGGAAUCCGGGUUUACGGAAAACCUAUUCGCGUGAACAAGGCGUCGGCCGAUAAACAGAAGACUGUGGAAAUUGGCGCAGAGCUCUUCGUUGGUAACCUGGAUCCGAUGGUCACCGAACAGGUCCUCUAUGACACAUUCAGUCGCUUCGGAAGUCUCGUAAAUUUACCUAAGAUCGCCCGUGAUGACAACAACCUCUCUAAAGGCUAUGGGUUCGUUUCAUUUGCAGACUUCGAGUCUUCAGACGCCGCUAUUGCCAAUAUGAACGGCCAGUACUUGAUGAACAAACAGGUCUCAGUGCAAUAUGCAUACAAGAAAGAUGGCAAAGGCGAGCGACAUGGAGAUGAAGCGGAGCGAAUGCUGUCAGCCCAGGCCCGCAAGCAUAAUGUUCAGCCACCGACUCAGCAGCCUCCGCCCCAGUUACCCAGGGCGGGCCCGGGCAUGGGCGUGUCAGUACCACCGCCUGGCAUGUCGAAUGGUGAUAGCUCUCGACCCUUGAAUACUGCACCUCCGCAAACACCCGAUUUUGGCAUGAACAUGCCUUAUCAGAACGUUGCUCCUCCUAAUCGACCUAUUCCACCUCCAGUACCUUCGCUCAAUACCCCGCCUCCUGGGCUCCCAGCGCGCCCACCGCCGUCUCAAGCUGGCUACGGUGGCCCACAAUCUUUCUUACCGCCGGGUUUCGCACCACCCGCAUUCGGACCUCCCACAGGAGCUCCCCAACCGCCCCCGGGUUUCCAACAGCCUGGUUACGGCGGCAAUCGGUGA